GGCAGGAAAUCUUGCUUACUUUGGAUUCCGCAGAACUCUACGAUCGAAUAAAGUUCGCCGUAACACGAAGUUAACUAUCUGCGAAACACUGAUUAGACCGGUAGUCCUCUAUGGGCACUAAACAUGGACUCUACGUGCAGAGGACCAAUUCCUUGGAGUUUUCGAACGGAAGGUGUUGCGUACCAUCUACGGCGGAGUGCAGAUGGAAGACGGGACUUGGAGAAGGCGAAUGAACCACGAGCUGCAUCAGCUGGAGACAAACAGCCAUGGACCGAGUGGAAUGGAGACGGCUACUAUGUACAGCAGAGGCCAGCCCGGCCUUAGCCUGAUCGGUAAGUAAGUAAGGAUGCAUCCCAGAAGAAAUUUCUGGACUCUUUCAUGCGGGAAGGCUUAUAGCAAUUCCUCAACACAUUCCUGGUGGACUUCUUGAAGAAAGCUUUGUGCAAAGUUUUGAAGGAAUCUCCGGAUGAUUUUGGGAAGAAACCAGUGGAAGAAUUUGUGAAAAAAAUCUUAAAAAAAGUUGCUGAAGACAGGAAUUGCUUCAAACCGAAGGAUUUUCUAAACGAAUUCUUGGAAGAUUUUCUUGAACAAAUUUUUGGUAGAUUCCUAAAAGCAUUUGUAAAGAAAUCCAUGGGUGAUUUCAUGAAAUAGAUCUUGUAUAGAUUUCUGAAAGAACUUGCGGAGGAAUUUCUGAAGAAACCUUUCUAGAUGGCCCACAAUGUCGGGGUACUAAAUUGUACUGACAAGCGCAUGAUGCAAGGUGAUUCUAGAAGAAGGCAUUAUGAUUUAUUGUUCCAGUACUGCGUAAACCCUAGAUUUUUUUUUACAAAUGUACGUCGUUGUUUUGUCUUUGGCAGGGCCGGUUUGUUUUGGCGGAAGUCAAAAUACAGUCACCCCAAAUCCUAUUUGUAUCUGCCACCAUGUGCGUAAAGAAGUAUAAUCAAACAAGUUUUUCUUGUUAUUUUUCAAGCGGGCCCCACCAGGCGGCAACACUGCAGAUCCGUCAAGCUGUUAAGUAUCGCUAUCGAUGUAUUUCGCGAAUAAAUUUUGAGCGUUUUCUCACACAAAACAAAAAUGCGAGUUUUUGGUGUAGAAACUAUCCUAGGGAUUCCCAUUAAAGUUGUACGGCCGUGUUAAGCCAAAUAUAAGAUUAGUUCACGGUUGACCAUGGGAGCAUCAACAGUUGUGAGAGUAGCGUUGGUGCUAAGCUUGUUCAUCGUACGGUCGGCAGGAGGAAGUAAGCUUUUUCUUAACUGUUGCGUUCUGAUUGAUAGCCACAUGGUGUGAAAUAUUCUCGUUUCAGCGGGAAGCUGUGGAGAAAGAAAGUUGUCAGCACAUUCACUGAUUGCCCAUGGAUACAAGGCACGGUAUGGGGCGUGGCCAUGGCACGGUGCAAUGUUCCAUAGAUACAGACUAGGUUGGACCAGCUAUGUUUGUGGAGUUACGAUUGUGACGGAGCAAUUCGUAUUAACGGCAGCUCAUUGUACAUAUGAAGGAUUGCAAAUGCUUCCGGCGAAUCGGGUAUUUAUCAAAGUGGGUUUUACCAAUCUUGACUCACCGGAGGACAACGUGCGGCAAUUUGAUGUCGACAAGAUAAUUCGACACGAAGAAUACGAAAAGGACACAUUCGAAAAUGACAUUGCGUUGCUGAAGCUGUCUAGUGAAAUUGCCUUUACAAGCUACAUACAACCCGUAUGUUUGUGGCAGGGUGAUAGUCAAUUGAGCAAAAUAACCUCAAAAAUUGGAUUCGUAAUUGGUUGGGGACUAGAUGAAGGAUACAACUUGCCCAAACAUUUGAGCGAAGCAACGAUGCCAAUAGUAUCAAGCAAAACAUGCUGGGAGAGUGAUAGAUUGCAUUACAACAAGUAUUACUUCGAGUCAAAAACAUUCUGUGCAGGCCGCCUCAACAGCACACAUGUCAGUCAUGGAGACAGUGGAGGCGGAUUGUAUAUGCGAAUGGGAACAAAUUGGAUUGUACGCGGACUUGUUAGUAAUGCCAAAAUUAACCCGCUCACAUUAAAUGUAGAUGCAGACAACUACGUUAUGUUCACAGACGUUGCCUACUAUUUGAACUGGAUCAAAUCAAAAGUGCCUGUUAUACCUUAUUUUGCGGUAGACACCAAGCGAAUCAUUGGUAUUGAGUCUGACAGUAAAGACAAUUUGCUAGACUUGAAGAACUGCGGUACUCCGGGAAAAGAUAAAGUAUUUGUAAAUCAGCACCCCUGGUAUGCUUACAUCUCAAGAUCCCAAUCAAAACCAAUUUCCAGAUUUUGGUGUUUGGGAGUUUUGAUUCAUCCUAGUUUUCUGAUUACCGUUGCCAGGUGCCGGGAACGAAAUGCGAAGAGUUUGCAAGUUUCAAUAACAAAUUGUUUUUUUUUUUAUUCCAUGUAUAAUAAUCAGAAUUCAUUUUCAGGUCGGCAUGGGUCAUCGAACCUCCUCUGGAUAUCGUAUAUGAUUACGAAGAUGAUACUGAUUAUGUUAUCGGAUUGGAUGCUUCAACGAGAAUUCCCAUUCGCAACACAUUUGUACAUCCUGAUUAUGACUCCAUAA